UUCCAGGUUUUUUCUCUUUUUUUUUUCUUCUCUGUCUCUCUGUUAGUCUCUCAUGAGUGUAAUAAGUCACGACUGACUAGUUUCAUUCUGGCUCUAUUUACUCGUCAUAUUGGUGGUGUUUUGUUGAGGGCCUCCCUGGGGUUUGGGGGGAACAAGGGAACCGGAUCAUUCAUUUCAAGCCCGGAAACAAGUGAUUUUCGUGGAGUAAUUGAUUUGAAGGACAACGAAACUAAGGGAUAUUUCUACUUUUAAAUGGAACUUUGAUUAACCCUACCCCCUCCCCACCCUCCCCACCCCUCCCCACCCCGGAAGGAAGACCUUGUUUGAUAACCGCUGAAUAAUCGCCUGUCCUUGGCAUCGCGGGCAUGGCAUGGAAAGUUUUCGUUCUUGGUAUUUUUGGCGGAUUUAGUGCUCUUAUGAUAUUCCGAAUUUCCUCCCUUUGUAGUCGUUUCCCUCGCCACUUUAGGACCUUCUGCACAGUUAGGCCAACCAUGAAAUAUUUAAGCCAAGAAGAGGCCCAGAACAUCGAUCAAGAACUCUUCAACGAGUAUUCAUUCAGUGUUGAUCAGUUGAUGGAGUUAGCUGGUUUGAGCGUGGCUGUGGCUGUAACCAAGGCUUAUCCCCGAGAUACAAGUCAUCCCAAAGUUUUGGUUUGUAGUGGCCCUGGAAAUAAUGGAGGAGACGGACUGGUAGCAGCUAGACAUCUCAAGAUGUUCGGAUACAAUCCAAAGAUAUAUUAUCCCAAAAAAUCGGAAAAACCACUCUUUAAAAGUCUUGUGACGCAGUGUGAAAAGAUGGACAUACCAUUCAUCAAUGAUAUACCAACAGCAACACAGAUAGAUGCUGAGUAUAAGUUGGUUGUGGAUGCCAUUUUUGGCUUCAGUUUUAAGGGGAAUGCCCGACCACCAUUUGGAGAUGUGCUAUCAGCAUUAAAGGAAGUCAAAAUUCCCAUUUGCUCGAUUGAUGUUCCAUCGGGAUGGCACGUUGAAGAUGGAAAUCCAAGUGGAAUUCAGCCAGACUUCUUGAUUUCCCUGACAGCUCCAAAGCUUUGUGCAAAACACUUCCAAGGGAGAUUUCACUUUCUAGGAGGAAGAUUUGUGCCUGAUUCAUUGGCUAAAAAAUAUAACUUGUCACUUCCAGAAUAUCCUGGAACAGAGCCAUGCAUGAUGCUACCCUCUGACUGACUAUCACAGGAACAAAUCACAGACAAAUGUCAUUUGUAAAGUUGUUCCCAACAAUUUAGUUUUCCAUGAACAUAGUAUUAUCAUAGUGGUAGCUUUGGGUGCCUGUGCUGACUGGCACAGGGUAAAAAUGUUAUUAGGAUUAUAUUUUUAUGAACAAUGCCAAGACAUCAAAUGUUGUUUGUAGUGGUCAAUGCACUUGGCUACACCUGCAUGUAGCUGGUUACACUAAAAGAAAAAAAAAAGUAUUUCAACUAAACACAAAAGGCUUGAAAAUGUUGGCUAUUUACAAGCAUGACCAAGGAGUUGAACAAGGGUCUACCAAGAAACAAUUCCAGCUUAGUGAUCAGAGCGGGUCUUGAAGCCACGACCUUACCACACGAGUGCAAAGGAAAUGAAACUUUGAGUGGAAUAAAUCAUAAUACUACAUAACA